AGGAUGUCUGCUGUGGUUUUAAUCGCCAGCGAACUGGAAAUGUUAUGCGGAUUCAACUGCCCGCUUUUGCAGCCUUUUGACUUUGUAAACCGCCUUCCUCGAAUCACACAUCAUCAUUCAAUUCUUCUCUAUUUAUCCGAAUCCAUCAGAUUGUUGUCAUUCGCACUGGCAAUAAUAACAAACAGUAGUGAAAUCCUGGUGAAAUCUGUAUGGUGAGCUGAAAGGAGGCGUGGUAUGACGCGAGGUCCAUAUUGACAGGAAAACUCCCCAAAUUUGGUGCUGCUUCCUGCACUCUACGGGUCCUCACGAUGCGCCUGUUCCGCGCGCUGGCGCGUUUACGCGCGUGGACCGAACUGUGCACGACCGGCGGAGUGUCACCGAGAUUCUCCAGCACAAAAGCUGCUCCGCGGUUCCGAAGAAUGGACUACCAGGAUGCGGUGUGCACCCUCAACACACUCCAGACAAACGCCAGCGCUCUGGAGCAGGUGAAGAGAGAGAGAGGUCAUCCUCAGCUCCAGCUGCAGGCCAUGAGAGGCUUUCUCCAGCGGGCAGGACUCAAGGUAGAAGACCUUGAUCGUCUCAAUAUUAUUCACGUAACUGGAACAAAAGGAAAGGGUUCAACGUGUGCCUUUACAGAACAGAUUUUGAGAAACUAUGGCUUCCGCACUGGAUUCUACAGUUCACCUCAUUUGGUGCAAGUGAGAGAGCGAAUCAGAAUCAACGGGCAGCCAAUAGGAAAAGAGCUUUUCACCAAAUAUUUCUGGCAGGUGUACGGGCGACUGGAAGAGACAAAGGAUGCCAAUGGAGGCAGCAUGCCUGCUUAUUUUCGCUUUCUCACCAUUUUGGCCUUCCACGUCUUUCUUCAGGAGAAGGUUGAUCUGGCUGUCCUCGAGGUGGGGAUCGGUGGAGCGUAUGACUGCACCAAUAUUAUUAGGCAUCCCUGGGUGUGUGGGAUCUCCUCUUUGGGCAUAGAUCACACCAGCUUACUGGGAGAUACCAUUGAGAAAAUUGCCUGGCAGAAAGGAGGGAUUUUUAAGCCGGGGGUUCCUGCGUUCACAGUCAAACAGCCUGAUGGGUCCAUGAAGGUGCUUCAAGAGAGAGCAGAAGAAAUUGGGUGUUCGCUGUCAGUGUGUCCUGAUCUGGAUGAGUAUGAGAGCGAGGGCUCGCUCAGGUUGGGUUUAGCUGGUCACCAUCAGCGCAGUAACGCUUCUCUGGCUCUACAGCUCUCACACACCUGGCUGCAGAGACAUGUCCUGACAGAUCCUGCAUCGUCAUCAUCUCUAGUGAAGUUCGGCGGUGUGAGUCCAGCUCCAGCUUUCCAGCCUAGUCCUGCAAUGAUAAAAGGUCUUGCAGAGACUGAGUGGCCUGGGCGCAAUCAGACGCUAAAACACGGCCCUGUGACGUAUUUCUUGGACGGAGCUCAUACCACACGCAGCAUGCAGGCCUGCGUCCGCUGGUUUAAUGAGAUCGCAACACAUCAUGAGAGAAAUGCUGGGGGUUCGGUGGUGAGGGUUCUCUUAUUCAACGCUUCAGGAGAGAGAGACUGUGCUGCCAUGCUCAAACUGCUCACACCCUGUCAUUUCGACUUUGCUGUGUUCUGUCCGAACAUCACAGAGGCCAUAGCGACCUGUAAUGCAGAUCAACAGAACUUUAACGUCGUGGAGAACAUGCUCACACGUUGCCUGGACAACCAGCAGAGCUGGCGCAUUAUGAAUGGCCAGGAGAAGAAGCCAGAGGCGGAGCUUCUGAUCGGGGGAGGUUUGCCUUUAGUGGCAGAAAGGCACAGCGACACACUGGUGUUUCCCUGCAUCCUCAGCGCCCUGCAGUGGAUCAGUCAGGGAAGAGACUCGGUUCUGUCAGACCCAAACAAAUGUGUCAUACCCGUUAAACCGAGCAUAAACUCGAAAGCUGCACUGUUACGAGAGGCCGUGAACAUACACGUCCUCAUCACAGGUAGCUUACACCUGGUGGGAGGGGCUUUAAAACACUUGGACCCUUCCUUAAACUCAUAAUGGAGACAUGCGCAUCUGACAAACAUAGCAAGUGCGCCACCUUGUGCCUAAACCCUGUCACACUACAGUUCAGUCUUAGUUCAGAAGAUUUACUGCCCGAAUUAAAUCAUGACCGCUUCUUCUAGAAUCCAUGCAUUCAACGUUGUGACUUGGGAAGAGCAUCGAACAUUGAGCGUUUGUCAGUUUAUGUAAAGAGCACAUAAAUUCAAAACUACUUGAGCUAAUCAUGUUUACUUUGAUUUUAAAGUGCAUUCAGUUCAUUUUCUGUGUAAGCUUCUUUGUUUUACAUUUCAAUUUUGAUGUUUUUAUCUGGAUCUUUUCAUUCAUGAAAUAGAAAGUCAGGUAACUUAUCCAUCAGUAUUUGUGUUAUUUUUUUGUUGCACUGAAAGAAUUGUGCCUAUAUAAAACACUAUUCUCUUAUAAUGUAAUAUUAUUAAUGUGUAAUUUCUAACACAUGUAUGGGAAAGUUUGCAUUCAAGUGGAUGCGAAAUGUUCAAAGUAUUUCAACACAGAGGUGCCCACACCCGUUCAUAGUAAAUAAACAUUUUAAAUGUGUUGUGUGUGUGUGUGUGUGUGUGUGUAUAUAUAUAUAUAUAUAUAUAUAUAUAUAUAUACAUACAUACACAUACACAUCAGAGGACUGGUGGUCUAUAAAAACUGACUAUUAGUGUAAUAUAUUUUUUUGUAGAAUUGUAUGUACUGUAGUUAUGAUGGGAGAGUGUGUCCUAGUCUAAAUAGACACUGCUAUAUUCAAAUGGAACAUGUUUUUUUUUGUUUUGUUUUUUUUUUAGAUUGUAGGUUGGUUUUGUUAUCUGGGAAAGUUUGAUAAUUAUAUCAAGAAAUGUGACUAACUAUUUUGGUCAAUAAAGAUGCCACUCUUGUCUUAAAGUGCCAUAGGAUGCUAUUCAAAAAAAUCACCACAGAUGGAAAUUGAAUAAAAACAAUGUCAAGA